AUGGCCUCUCCCCUAUAUCCCCAGCAUAGCCGGGCCCCACCAGUAAUCACCGAGGACGAUGGGUCGAAUUCCCGGAAUGUAUAUCCGACACCAAACUCCGCGCACGGCCCGGGGACAUUUGAUACAAGCCUCUUCAGCUUAUCAGGAAGUGGCAACACUCAUCUCUCUGAGCGUCCGCAACCGGCACUCCCUUCCCUCCAAUCCUCAACUUAUCCCCACACGAACUCCCCAUUAUUGCCGACUAUCAAUCAGCCUCUCUCGAAUCAAGGGCACUCGCCUUCACUGACUAGUGGAAGUAGUGGGCUUUCUCCAGCAACAAGCCAACACUCUUACUACACCCAUAACAUAGGUCUAACCUGUUCAGAAGAUCCCUCAUCAGCACUAUCACCCCCCGUAAGCUUUGUUGUUGACCCUGGCUCAUCGCCAGAACGAGGUCUUGGCCCCGGUUAUAGUGUGGAUACAACACCUGGUUUCGAUGAGGUCGAUAUGCCACCACUUGCUGAUGAAAAUACGGCUCUUUAUGGUGAUGAAGGAAUUGACCCCUUGGAUCAGCUAUCUGAUCCAUAUUCUCCUGUGAACGGGAGUCUAGGGAUUUACCAUCCGCCGAGCCCCCGGCCAACUGUUUCCCCUAGUCCAGCGGGGCUAACCGCCAGUAAUCCUGGCGGCUUUACGGGUGUGAACAGCAAUUUCCGCAAAAGCCCGGUAGUUAAAGUGGAAGAGUUCACACCCCAGGACAAUGGAGUGCACCCAACCCCCUCUUCGCGUGCCAUGACCGGUUCUUCUUCGAGCUCAGGAGCUGGGGCUGCUCAGGGUGGGGACAACCUAACUGUGAAUAGAGGAGAAGAUGGGAGCUGGAAAGGCGGAUUGGACCCAACUGCAAGGCGAGAGGUUGAAUUAGGACUUGGGGAUCUCCCUUUUUCACUUAAGGAGCAGGAGAUAAUACGAGGGAUUGAGGAAAAAAACGCCGAUAUUGAAGACUGGCUUAGUAGGAAUACAAAUCUUUCUAUCAAGCCAACUGACAAGAGACGAUCGAGGAGUCUUGCCGAUUUCCGAAGAAGGCCAAUGGUGCCACCGAAGAGUAAAGACGAUUGUGUCCGACCAGGCGAGAGUAGUUCAACAGGAGCAGUCCUGUUUGACGAGGACGACGAUACAGGCCUACCCGGUGCCUACGACUAUGAGGACGACGAUUCUUCGGUGGCUUCUUCGUUCGUUGAUGGUAGUUUGGAUGACUCACCGGAGGAUCAAGGUUCAAUGGACACGAGCGAAAUUCCCCCUUCGGAAUCAGAAUUGAUGAAGACAGCGGAAGAAGAAGAAGCGGAGCAAAAACGUCGUGAGAAUGACCCCCAAUAUUAUCCAAGACCAAAUCAGUUUUACUCAGCGCACCCUUGGAAUGAUACUGUUGCACAAGUCGGCAGGGGGGCAGCGAUUGCAUCCAGGAACCAACCCAACACCGCAAACGCAGCAAUCACCAAGUUCUAUCGUUAUGCCGAAAACAUUGAGACAGCAUCCCGGGUAGCAACAUUUGGUAGUCAGAUGAGCAAAUCCCGACGCCUAAGUGCUGGUGACGCCGAUAGAUUUCUGGCGAAUGGGUUGCUGAAAAGCCUGAGUUUUGGAAGGGAUAAAGAUAAGGAGAAGGAAAGGGAAAAGGAAAAGGAAAAGCAAUUGAAUCACCAGCGAAGACCCAGUAUGUGGGGCACAAUACCUUCGAGAUUGAAGCGAGGGUUUAGCAAUGCAGGCGACAAAGAGCGGGAGAAGGAGAAGGAGAAGGAAAGACUUGGGACCGGUUUAAGCAUGGAAGGAAGGAAGAGGGGCAACUCCACCACAUCGCUCGCAAGUACAGCUAGCCACGCAUUCGCCCCAAUAAAACGAGGGAGUAGUUGGGCAAAAUCGGCUCCGAAGAGUCCAUUGAAAGUUGAUACAAAGAAUAUUGGCGGUGCAUUUGCGCAAAUGGCUAGCAUGGCGGCUGGCGCCGGACAAAGUUCAGCUCAUACAGCGCACACUGCGAGUACAGCUGGUAUAAUCAGUCCACCAACCCGGUCAUUAAGCGGAGGAUUCAUUGCGCAAACAGUGAAAAGGGCAAGAAGCAAGAGUGACAUAUCAUCGUCGAAAUUGCAGAAGGGAAAGCCAGUCUUCGGCAUUGUCAGUAUGCUGGGACAAUACGGAGGGCCGCCGGCUCUUCCCAUAAAGUCACCAGUACAAAGUGCCGAGAGCGAGUCUCCAAGGAGAAACUAUACAUUUGGGGAAGAAUCUAGAAAACGUGGAAUUGCUGCUGCAAAGUUGCUUUGCCCUCCGGACCCACAUAGACAUGAUGGUUACGAUGACGACGACGAUAAUGAUAUGGAUGAUGAUGAUAUGCAAAAUAGCCAACAAACCACCCCCCCUGGAACCAGACCGCCUUUACCAAAACUCGAUAUUACCCCCAACCCUGAGGGCUUCUCUCAGCAUGUCCGCGGUCUCACGCCAGCAUUGCAUCCGAAGCUUGUCGAUAGAGUCGUCUAUGAGCAGGGUAAAAGAUUCAAGAAACUCGUCGAGCAUAGACAAAAACAUUUGGCUGCGAUCAGGGGCGGAAAAAGAUGUGGAAAUACGACUAAGUGCAGGGGCCCUGUUGGUUCAAUUGGUCCGGGUGGUGAUCCUUCUGCCAAUGGGCAUAAGAGGAACACAAGUGGUGGGAGUGGAGAGGGGGAAGCUUACUCUUCCGAUGAAACUGUUGGUGACGGAUCGCGCUCUCCAACCGAAGGCAAAGUUACCGCAACACAAUUCCCACCGGGGGUUCCGCAACCUCCGGUCUUGCGCUUGCCGGCCGAGUUUGAGUGCCCGAUCUGCUUCAAGGUGAAGAAGUUUCAGAAACCAUCCGAUUGGACUAAACAUGUUCAUGAAGAUGUCCAACCUUUUACUUGCACGUUUGUGGAAUGCACGGAGCCCAAAUCUUUCAAGCGGAAAGCCGAUUGGGUCAGACAUGAAAAUGAACGACAUAGACACUUGGAGUGGUGGACUUGCACGUUACCCGACUGCACCCAUACUUGCUACAGGAAGGACAAUUUCGUUCAACAUCUAGUUCGUGAGCAUAAGAUGGCGGAACCCAAGGUCAAAGCUCAGAAAGCGGCCGCUAGGAAGGGCAAGAAGGGUGUUGCUGGCAUGAGUGAGGGUGUGCCCUCACACGAGGACUUUGAAAAGGUCUGGCAAAUCGUUGAUUCCUGCCACCAAGUCACAACCAAACACCCUACGCAGGAGAAGUGUAGGUUCUGCGGAAAUGUAUGCCCGACGUGGAAGAAGUUGACUGUGCACUUGGCAAGGCAUAUGGAGCAAAUAUCACUCCCAGUACUUGACUUGAUAAAGGAUGAUGCAGUGGUACCUCCCAGUGUCAGGCCAUCAGCUGCCAGCAAACGUGUUCAACAAAACAGCGAUUCAUCUAAACCUGAACCUUCCAAACCGCCACCGCCGCCGCCGCCGCCGCCGAUACAGCAGCCGGAUAUGGAGAUGGAUAUUGAUCCUGCCGAUACGACGCAAAGACAGCUCACUGGAAACGGGGACUGUGAUGUGCUCCCACCACCACAGUUCCAUUCCCCAGAUGCUUCUACUUUUGACAUGAGUCCUGCACAUCUGCAAUAUACCCCUCCACGUAGCUCACCAAAUGUGGAUGAUCGAUUUGGAAUCCAGACACCGUUGAGGACCCCGCAGUUUGUUAGUCCUCAUAACUUCAGCCCAGAACAAAACCUGCGAAUGCAGCAGCAGCAGCAGCAGCAGCAGUUAUCAAUGGGGACUAACAGUGGAUUUGAUUUUUCAAAUAACACCGGCCGCGAUAUCUAUUCAUUAAGCCCACAGCAGCAGCAACAGCACACCCCAACAAGCUCAGGGGUAACAACACCGCAGAGAAUAGCAACCCAAGCCGGCGGAUACAUUAAUGUUUCACCUCCGCCUCAGCCUGGUUUACAGUAUCCACAGCACCGCAGCCCUCUUAUACACCUAGUUGGGCAACAGCAAAUGGCACAGCAACCACAAUACUUUGCAUAUGGACACGCAUCGGGGCAGGUUCAAGGUGCCCAUGGACAGAUCCACUCGCAGACAGUUGCACAUGCAAACGCAUACAACUUCUACCCCCAACUUGAGCAGAACGAUCUCGAAAUUCCUGGGGCAGCAGUUACGGCUGCUGAUCCUACAGACGAUUACAUAAAUGUGGCAUAUACAGCAUCAUGAGACCUUUGGGAUUGUUUCCGAGUGAUUUUGCAAGUAUUUCAUGUUUGCAUACUGAUAAUAUCAUCGAACACUUGGUGGAUUCCUUUGCUGAUCGAUCCCCCAUGGAUGCUCAAAUGGUUAAAGUUGUUUCCGUUUUAGUUUUCUUUUGUAUUCUGUUUUAGUUUUCUUCCGUAAUCUAUUUCUAGGAGUGUGAAGGUCGCACCACUCGGCGAAGCUAGUUUUCUGAUCGGGUUUUCUAUGUUUGCCCUCCGUUUAUUUCUCCAAGGUCGUCUAGUUUCGAGAGUACGUAUCAUUUGCUUUUGUCGCAGCAUUCCCCAUGUUUUUUCUUUCCUUCUUCCCCAGAUUUUCUCGUUUGGCCCAUUCUUCUUCCCCAGUGCAAUAAUCAUGCGAGCACAAGGCUACGAAAAUACCGUAGUGUUUUGAGUCAUGCCCGAUUCGAGGGUUACGUGUUAUGGAGUUUCUGGCACAUGGGCAUGAUAUGAUGAGACCUUUGAGCUACUACUCGAGUUCACCCCCUGUUUAGUGAUUUCAACUUUGAAUUUCAAAAUAUGUUUCCGGGUCCUUUUCCAAUAAGCGAUUCUCCUUUACAUA